CACUCACAUCUGCUCACAAUCACACAAACUGCUCCUCUUCCUCCUCCUCCUCCUCCUCCUCGGCUCGAGCCGCUGCUGCUGUUCGAGGAGCGCGCGCGUGACGCGUGCAGAGCGCGGGAGAUUCACUGAUACUUUGUAGCGGCCGCUGAGAGGAAACCCUGAGAUCUGAUACACCUUGAGCGCUGAGGGAACAUGAGCUCUCAUGAAGAUGUGCAGCACCAGCGGGUGACCCAGUCCACCAUCCUCCUCCUGCUUCAGGAGGCCACCAAACUCUGUCCUCCUGCGGCCGGCGAGAGCUGGACUUCUGGGGCGUCAGAGGAAGCAGACGGCGUCUCGCUGGUCCUCUCGGGCCGUGAAGAGUCUGACCGCGGCAGCGCCUUGGACGUGAUGCGUCUGAUCAACCAGCAGUGUGAGCGUCUGCUGCAGACCGAGGACAUAGCUCCGGUCCGGCCCCGCUCACCGGUCGUCACGGAGACAGAGGUGAUGUUCAGACCUGACCCCGAGCGGCCCACCGCUUCCUGCGGCGCCGCCCCGUCUGACCCCUGUUUCUCAGUCCUGUACGAGCUCACAGACGCAGAGGAACUCAAAGAACCUGGAGAUCUCGCCGAGCUCAUAAAGACACACACCGCAGAUCACAUCGGCUCCAGUGAGAAGACAGAAGAGCCGCCUGUGCUGCACGUCGAGGGCUGCUCUAGACAGGAGGAAACUGUCGUCCCGUCCACAGGAAGUGAUUGUCCUCUUGACUUCACUUCCUGUCUGCUGUCCGAGCGAGACGCUGAGAGCCCGUGGCUCUCUCCGAACGCCUCUGAAAGCUCCUCGCGGCAGACGGACCUCAAUAAUAACCUCCUGGAGAACGUGAGCAAGGACCGCAGACGGAAGCAGAGCUGUCCCGAGCGCAGCCCUGACCCGCAGGACCCCGGCGUACAGGGAGUGACCUUCAGCAUGACCCCGCAGCUGGACGCCGGCCAGAGCCGACUGCUCAUCACCUCCAAAUACAGCAACGAGAUCCAGAGCUGGAGGAGAAACAGAAGCAACCGCAGCCGGACUCAGAGGAACAGCAGCUCAGAGGAAGAGAGUGACCCCUGCAGCCUGUCCCGGAGUAAGGUGUGUGCGUCGUGUCGGACGAGGAAGACUCCUCUCUGGAGAGACGCUGAAGACGGGACGCCGCUCUGUAACGCCUGCGGGAUCAGGUAUAAGAAAUACCGUGUGCGCUGUCAGCAGUGCUGGAACAUCCCUAAGAAGGAAGCGAACACUAACUCCACGUGUCUGAAAUGCGGAGACGUGCUGAAGCUGAAGUGCAGCAGCUGGUAGGAAGAGUCUGAUUCGUGAGAGUCUAAGAACUGAAUCAUUCUCUCAUAUGACCAUUGGCUCAUUAAUUUACUCAUUCUUCUUGUUUUGUGCCAACAUAUUUAAAGCUAAAUAUAUUUAUUGAUUUGUGUAUUUUCUUUAGUCACAGUCUCUCUGAUUUGUUUCCAGUGUUUGUGUUUUUGGAGGUUUUCUGUGCUGGACUGAAAUAUUAAAUUGUAUUUAUGAUCCUCUGUUGUCAGUGUUUUUUUCUGAACUAUGAAGUGAAUGCUUUAAUA